AGUGACAGGAAAGGUUUUGGUUUAUAUUUUAUUGUAGAAUAAUCUGUUAAGAUUUUAGUUGAUAUCUUUAUGUUGCGAUGAGCAAAUUUCAUUUUAGAACAAACAUAUCAAGAACCAAUACUGUGGUUUGGUUCCAAUCAUUUUUUUUCUAAGACCUGUUUUGAUUUUAAUUGAAGUGUAAUUUGAGAAUUGUUCAAACUACAUACUGAAACCUCCUGAAGUUCCUUUUACUUUGACAGUAGUAUUCUCUAUUAGGGAAGCAAAUAUGACUGCCUAAAUUAAUAAAAUUUAUUAUCGAUCAGAAGACAUGUUGAAAUUAUUCAAUGGUGGUUUGUCACCUGGUUCUGGUUACAUACCAGAAAAAGAACAAAUAAUAAGUCAGUUAGAAAGAGGAACUCUAAUAAUAAAAUUUUCAUGGAGAAAAAGACCUGAUUUGAAAUCCCUUUCAAUUAAGCUUGCGAUAAAACGAGAAACUAAACAGUUGAUUUGGACAAGACUGACUCCUGCUGCAAAAUUAGGCAAUGAAGGUGAGGUGGAUUUAUGUAAAGUUAAAGAAAUUAGACAGGGACCCUGGUCUAAAGACUUCGAGAAAUGGCCUGAUGAGUCAAAACAAGUUGAAGACAAAUGUUUUGCUGUAUUUUAUGGAGAUGAAUUCAAUCUCAGAGUGUUGAGUGUUGCAGCUUCUUCCAAAGAAGAAUGUGAGCGACUUCUUAGAGGAUUGAGAUAUUUGGUUGAAGAAUCAAUAAAGGCACCAUAUCCCCUACAAGUACAAGUAUAUCUGAGAAGAGAAUUUUAUAUAAUGGCCAGUGGUAAGGAAACAGUGAAUUUAAAAGAUUUAAAGUCCUUAUUUCCCCGGAAAAUGGGAAACACAAAACUCAGGGAAAUUUUCAAUGAAGUGGACACAAGAAAGAGAGGAGAAAUUGGCUUUGACGACUUUGCUACUUUACACCAAAAAGCAUUACUUGAAAAAGGGGCCGCAACCGAUUUGUUCGAUAAACUACAACAGUAUUCUGCUAAUAUGAAAACGGUGACUCUACAAGAAGUUGAAAGCUUCCUCAGGAAUGAACAGGAAGAUCAGUUGGGUAACGAUGACAGAGCUGUGUCACGAUUCAUCUGCGAUUUUUUGAAAGAUCCUCAGCGAGAAAUCCAGGAACCUUAUUUUACUAUUCCAGAGUUUUUAGAUUUUUUAUUUUCCAAAGAGAACGAUCUGUGGGAUCCCACUAAAAAUUCAGUUUAUCAAGAUAUGUCUAGGCCAUUGUCUCAUUAUUGGAUCUCCUCGUCACACAACACGUAUUCAACAGGCGAUCAGGUCAAAAGCGAGUCCUCCGUAGAAGCCUACGUAAGGUGUUUGAGGAUGGGAUGUCGAUGUAUUGAGCUUGACUGUUGGGAUGGACCAGAUGGUUAUCCUUUUAUAUAUCACGGACACACUCUAACAUCAAGGAUCAAGUUCAUGGAUGUUAUCACCACCAUCAAAAAACAUGCUUUCGUGACCUCAGAUUAUCCUGUCAUACUGUCUAUUGAAGACAAGUGCACCCUUCCACAACAGAAGAAAAUGGCUGCUGCGAUGCAGGAGGUAUUUGGCGACUUACUGUUGACUCACCCAGUUGAAAAAGGUGAAACGAAGCUUCCAUCUCCUUAUUCCUUGAGAAGAAAAAUAAUUCUGAAACACAAAAAACUUCCAGAAGGACAGGAGGAGAGUUCCUUCUCUUUUCAAAACGAUUCCAGCGAAAUAGAUCUCAGGAAUCCAGUUAAAAGCGGUUUCAUGUACCUCGAAGACGCGGAUGACAAGGAGUGGAACCCGCAUUUCUUCGUCUUGACGCAAAAUAAAUUAUUUUACACCGAUAGUUGUAAACAAAGUCAGGAAUCCGAGCGAUCGGAAGAUGAAGAAGAUGCUGGUAGUUUCCAUAAGCUGUCGUCUAAUGUUCCUAACGAAGAGUUGCAUUUUAGUGAGAAAUGGUUUCACGGCCGGCUGCCAGGUGGUCGUGUAGAAGCGGAACAACUGUUGAACGCUUAUUCGUAUCUAGGUGAUGGAACCUUCCUGGUAAGAACGGGUGGUACUUUCAUAGGAGAAUUCUGUUUAUCUUUUUGGAGAAAUGGUCAAGUGAAUCACUGUAGGAUACGAACGAAGCAAGAAAAGCAACAAUUAAAGUAUUAUCUAAUCGAUGCCAAAUACUUCGAUAGCUUGUAUAGCCUAAUCACUCAUUACCGUACUUCUCCUUUAGUAACCGCUGAAUUUUCAAUAACUCUACAAGAACCUGUGCCACAACCUAACCUACACGAAAACGAAGAAUGGUAUCACAAAAAUACUGGGAAAAAUCAAGCUGAGGAAAUAUUGUGGCAUGUCAAGUCUGAAGGCGCAUUUUUGGUCAGGCCUAGUGAGAAUGACGCUAAUUGCUAUACAAUAAGUUUUAGGGCUGAUAAAAAAAUCAAACAUUGUCGGAUUAAACUGGAUGGACGAUUAUAUACUAUCGGAAAUGCUGAGUUUGAAAGUUUAGUGUCAUUGAUAAAUUAUUAUCAAACACACCCUCUUUACCGAAAAGUGAAGCUUUCUCGUCCGAUUAGUGAAGAAAUGGUUCGAAAUCUAUCAGCGGAACAAAAUGAUUCAUCAUAUCCGACACCAUCAUACAUGGAACCUAGUGCUAUCAACUCCAGUGGGACCGUCAUAGCCAUCUACGAUUAUAGGUCAGAUCGGGAAGACGAACUGUCAUUUUGUAAGCACGCCAUCAUAACGAAUGUCAACAAGAACACUGACAGUAAAGGUUGGUGGAAAGGAGACUAUGGUGGUCUUCGGCAACACUACUUUCCGCAAAAUUAUGUGAGAGAAAUCAGCAAGAGUGAAACUCAAGAAAUUGGCGAAUCUGGAUGUCUAGAAAUGACUGGAGUUGUUGCUGAUUAUAAACGGAAUACAGGUCAAGGAAUGGACUGGAUCGUCAGGAUAGUUCCUGCUACAGCUUACACUGCCUUUGAAUGCGGAGUACAAACUGAAGAAUUGGCGAAAGAAUGGUGUUUGGCCAUUCACCAAGUUACUCAGAUGGCUUCACGCAGGGAAGACAAGAAUAGGAGUUUGGAAAGAGAUCAUAAAAUAGCCAAGGAAAUAUCGAACCUCAUUAUAUACUGCCAGUCCAAACAAUUCGAUCUGGAAAAAGCCAGGCAGCAGGAGUUCGUCUUCUACGAAAUGUCAUCUUUCCCGGAAAAGCGAGCCGACAAACUAAUCUGUCAGCAAGAGAGGAAACUCUUCUUGAAGUAUCAUCAAGUUCAAUUUUCCAGGGUUUAUCCUAAUUUCACGUGGAACUCAUUGAACUUCAAUCCUAUAAAUCUGUGGAACUGCGGAUCGCAAAUGCUAGCACUGAACUUUCAAACCGGAGGCAGAUCAAUGCAAUUAAAUCAGGCCAAAUUUCGGGAUAAUGGCAAUUGCGGGUACUUGUUGAAGCCCGAAUUCAUGAAUAGAGACGAUUUCGAUCCGUUCGAUGAAAAGACGCUCGUUGGAGUCGAACCCCUGACUAUAUCUAUAAGGAUAAUAGCAGGAAGGCACUUGUGCAGAUCGAAAAAAGGGAGUGCUAACCCUUUUGUCGAAGUGGAGGUGAUCGGAGCUCCUUACGAUUCUGGAGUGAAGAUGGAAACUGAGAAAAUUAAUGAUAACGGCUUCAACCCCAGAUGGAAAGGAGCAAUAUGUGAAUUUGUUGUUACCAAUCCGGAUUUCGCAAUGUUGAGCUUCGUCGUCAAAGAUGAAGACGCUUUCAGCGAAGCCAACUUCAUUGGUCAAGCUACAUAUCCGGUUACUUGUCUUCGAACGGGCUACAGGAGCGUCUGGUUGAAAAACAUUCACAGCGAGGAUCUCGAACUGGCUUCACUAUUGAUACAUUUGAGCAUCAGAAAAAAAUCCAGUAGCUAGUAGAUUUCAAAAGGAAGUCUAGGGCUUCAUUAGUAAAGGAAUUGAUUGUUUAUCGUGUCAUAUCAUAUCAAGAGAAAUGCCUUGUCAAUGUUUGUAGGUCGAUAAGUGAACAGCGUACGCUUGGAGUUGAUAGAUGAAUCUCUAUAAGACUCAUAAGGUGUAUCAACGAUGUGAAUGAGAAAUAAAAGAAAGGUCGGGCAGAGCUUCAUGAAUGACAUGUUUUAUUGGUGUUAGGAAAUGUGUAAUUUUUCAUUGUCUGUUCGCCGAACAGAUGGAGAGAUAGAUCACUUGCACUUUGCGUGUCUACAAAGUUAACGAUAAAGUAUCAAAAUUCGAAUGCGGUAUUAUCAAAAAUAUAGAAAACCAACUUCGAUAUUGCCAUACCAUUUGUUUCUGCAUUGAAUGGGACGUUUGCUUUUUCAGACUUUGCGGAUUCUGAUUUGCGUAGGUUUCAAAAAUAUUUAUAGUUGAUUUUUAAAAGUGGUGCAGUAAUAAAAGCUCAUCCCUUACAGGAUGCUUCGUCCAAAUUCUCUUUAUUCCUUCACUUAUUUUCUACUGAGAAUGGGUAUUUUUGUCUCGUCACAUGUAGGUUAACCCUGU